AUGCAAAAAUAUGCUUCAUCAUCAAAACUUGAAAAAUCAAACAAACCUUCAAAUAGUCAAGUCAUCAUCACUAACAUUGAGAGAUUCAGAUGCCAGAAGCACUCUUCCAUACCAUUACUUGUUAUGGAAGCAUCAGGUAUCCACGAUACUACUCACAACUCAAUCAUGAAGUGCGAUGUUGAUAUCAGAAAGGAAUUGUAUGAAAACAUCGUCUUUUCAAGCGGAACAUCUAUGUACUCAGGCAUUAAUGACAGACUUAAAAUGGAGGCGCUCGCAGAUGAACAAGGAUUAAGCAUGAGAAGGCUGUUUAUGCUUGACUCAAUUUAA